AUGGACUUUGCAAAUUUACGAUCUGGACUGACUCGGCCCAUCAGUCAUCCAGUGGAUCAUGAACACUCAAGUGUCAUCCCCUUUACAAUUGCGCAGUUCCUAGAUGUACUGUUCUCCGUCGAUCUCUCUCACUCUCAGGGACGCAAUGUCAGUAUGGGGCCGGAUGCUUGUCGAUCGCGAAUAUCUGAUCAUGUAGGUAGGUCACCCGACCAUGCGCGAUUAGCGGUGCGCCGUGGAAAAGCCGCGAUACCGGAUGCGAUACUAUACGCCAAGCUAAACAGGCGAACUCUCACCGUGAUAACCCAAUCUGAAUCUAUCUUCGACAAGCGUGCGCUGACAAGUGGCUGUAAAACAGAUACCCGCCUAGGUAAGGUUUAUGGCGCAACUACUUUUUUCCAUGGUCGGAUAACCAGACUCAUGAUCUCUGAUCAGAGCAAAAGGGAGGCUCUAUUCACGUAUAGUGACGCCGAGGAAAUCUUCGUGUAA